UAAAAAUAAUAAGAGAGGAAAAAGAAAGGAGAUUAUCAUCAGCCGCCGAAAAAAAAAUCUCUCAUAUGUGUACAGUAUACGGACUACGGAGUAUCUACCUUAUCCAAGUAUUUGCUGCAAAAAUGGAGAGUCAAGUCAUAAGGCGUAGGAUCAACACCAUUUCUGCUCAUUUUGCUACUGGGAAUGUUAAUGAAGAUGUUACUGCACCUAAUACUCAUCUAAUUCCUUUGAACUGCAGCAGCAACUUAAGCACUUCAUUUAGAAGGCUUGAUAGUAGAAUGCACUUUGGACGCCAAUCAUCUGCCUCUCAAGGGUACUUUAUGAGGCAGGCUAUGCCUAUGCCUAUGAGUUCUACUGAACAGGGAAACCAGGAUUUCAAUCCUGGAGUAUGUUCUGCUAAGUGUGUAAACAAGAAAAGGACUAGUGCCCCUGAGUCGCCUUUAUUUUCUCGUCCUGCCUCUAUACAACCACUCUUUUCUAGACCUGCUCAAGAGGACUUUAACUUUUCCGACACUGGUUCAACUGAACCCGUUAAACAAGAUAAGAUGUUACCUGCAUCAAAAUGUCACACAUCUGCUAUGCCACAAGAGAAGCAAAGCACUUGCACGAGACAGACUUUUUCUUCUCAAAUCAAUGGGAUAGGAUGGUCGCCAAGGAUAAACGUUAUUGAAUCCAAAUCCAGCCAUGUCGUGACUGUAGAACUUCCUGGUGUUGAGAUCAAUGAUAUAAGAGUGGAGAUGGAUGACAAAAAUUUAAUUGUGAGAGGUAAACGCUCGAUGAAGUGGUUGAAAGCAGCAGGUUGUUCAAAUGAUUCUGACAGGGCCACUUACCAUAGGAGGGAAAUCGUGCAAGGACCAUACCAGAUCAUAUGGCCUCUUCCACCCGGUGCAAACAAGAAUUCUGUGUCUGCAGAGCUUGUGGAGGGAAUACUUCACAUUACAAUCCCAAAACUUUGAUUUGGAAACAAAGGAUUCGCAUAUGAGCGCAGAGGAUUCUAUACAAUGUACCCCUAAUAUCGUUGUAUGUAUAUAUCAAAAGACUGUUACCAAAAUUUGCUUGAUCUAGUGAUACACCCCUACUUUUCAAAGGCCUGGACUGCAUCAUGACCCUUGAGGGGUCUAGUCCAUCCAUAAUACCAUCUAUAAAAGUAAAUACUUUACUUAGUAUAUAUCAUAUAUGUGUGCCCUUAUACAUCCCUGAGUUUGUAUGUAUGUGUCAGAAUAUUGCGGACAGUAUUAAGUUAAUGUUAAUGUACGUACCCUUGUGAUAAAUACCCUUGUUCGAAACAUGAUUAAGUUUUAAAUACUUCUUAAUUCUUAUACUAUA